AGAGCGGCUUCAUCUCCAACGAGGAGAGCAAGCAGAAGCUGGUGCCCAUCAUGACCAUCCUGCUGGAGGAGCUGAACGCCAACGGGAAGUGCACGCUGCCCAUCGAUGAAUCCAACACCAUCCACCUGAAGGUGAUCGAGCAGCGGCCCGACCCUCCCGUCGUGCAGGAGUACGACGUGCCGGUCUUCACGCAGGACAAGGAUGAUUUCUUCAAUUCCCAGUGGGAUCUCACCACACAGCAGAUUCUGCCCUACAUUGACGGCUUUCGGCACGUCCAGAAGAUUUCUGCAGAGGCCGACGUGGAGCUGAACUUGGUGCGCAUUGCUGUGCAGAACCUGCUGUACUACGGAGUCGUCACGCUCGUCUCCAUCCUCCAGUACUCCAACGUGUACUGCACCACGCCGAAGGUGCAGGACCUGGUGGAUGACAAGUGUCUCCAGGAAGAGUGUCUGUCCUACGUCACCAAGCAAGGGCACAAGCGUGCUGGCCUCCGCGACGUCUUCCAGCUGUACUGCGGCCUGAGCCCUGGCACGACCGUGCGGGACCUCAUCUCCCGCUACACCCUGCAGCUCCAGCGCGUGGACGAGAGGAGGCUCAUCCAGUUCGGCUUGAUGAAGGGCCUGAUCCGGCGGCUCCAGAAGUACCCCGUGAAGGUAGCGCGGGACGAGCGGAGCCACCCGGCCCGACUGUACACGGGCUGCCACAGCUAUGACGAGAUCUGCUGCAAGACGGGUGAGGAGCGUGGGGGGGCCGCGUCACCCGCCUUCCUGGGCGCUGCGGCAGGCUGCGAGCAGCCCCUCAUGGAGCUGCUGCUCAGCCACGGCAAGAUUCCUGUCCUCAUCGGGGAGCUCAUCACCGUGGAGCUGUGGAAGCACAAGGUCUUCCCGGUGCUGUGCCGGCUGGAGGACUUCAAGCCUGUGAGCACCUUCCCCAUCUACGUGGUGCUGCACCACGAAGCUUCCAUCAUUAAUCUCCUGGAGACGGUGUUUUUCCACAAGGAGGUGUGCGAGGCGGCCGAGGACGCCAUCCUGGACCUCAUCGACUACUGCCAUCGGAAGCUGACCCUGCUCGCAGCUCGCGGUGCCAGCGCGCGGCCUGGCACACGGAGCCAGCCGGGGACUCUGGCCAGUCCCUCGUCCAUGCAGGAGCUGCAGGAGCAGGCCGAGACGAUGGAGUUUGAGAUUUCCCUGAAGGCCCUGUCCGUGCUGCGCUUCAUCACCGACCAGGUGGCCAGCUUGCCCCUGAGUGCGCUGACUCGCCUGCUGAGCACCCACAACGUGCCCUGCCUCCUGGUCGAGCUGCUGGAGCGCUGCCCCUGGAGCUGCCGCGAAGCGGGUGCACUCAAGAAGUUUGAGAACGGAGCGUGGCACGCGGUGCCGCCGGAGGACCAGCUGAAGAUGACCAAGCUGGACGGGCAGGUGUGGCUGGCCCUCUACAACCUGCUGCUCAGCCCCGAAUGCCGCUGCAAAUACCACUUCGACGGCUUCAACAAGAGCCAGCUCCUCAAGCUCCGGGCCUUCCUGACGGAUGUGCUGCUCGACCAGCUACCCAACCUGGUGGAGAUGCAGAGAUUCCUGAGCCACCUAGCAGUGACAGAGCCUGCUCCCCCCAAAAAGGAUCUUGUCCUGGAGCAGGUCCCUGCCAUCCGGGAGCACCUUCUCAAGAAGAACGCGGGCAAGUGGGAGGCCAUUGCCAAGCACCAGGUGAAGUCCGUGUUCAGCCCCACUGCAGAGGAGCUGAGACUCCAGGCGCGCAGGUGGGCGCAGACCUACAGCCUGGACAUGAUGGAGGCUCUCGUCCCCGACAAGCCCCGGUGCCGCGUGUGCGGCGUCGAGGCGGCCAACGGCCCCCGCAGCGAGGCCGACGAUGUCCCCGAGCAGGAGGUGGAGAAGGACACCAACGUG